CGAUGGCUUCAGCAAUCUACUAUUAUGUCUGAAACAACAAUAUGUACGGAAGUAAAACGUUACAGAUGAUUUCCACCGAGCAAUAGCGUGGAUCUUUUCUAGAUUUUUGUAUUUUAAAAGAAACCAUCCUUUGUAACAUAGCAUCAUCCCAUCAGUAUCAAUAACUGUGACAAACAAUUUGCCUGGAAGCUGUUUACAGAUUAAUCCAACAACAAUUUUGAGGAGAAAAUGGAAAGAGAUUCCACCGGCUCUGCAGAAGAGCCCGAGCCGGUGUCCUGCAGGGAUAACAUUAGUGAAGACACCUGCACAGCUAAAACCUACACCUCUCUAGGGGGAACCUGUGGUGCGACUCCUGUUGCCCAAGCCAGAUGGACUCUGUUGAGACAGGUGUUGCGUCAGAAGCAAUCAGACAGUCCAGAGGUCAAACAGGUGUCCGUUCGCAGGUUUGCCACCUUUGACCUUUUCAGGAGGAAACAAGUUGCAGCACAAGAUCGCAGCAAUACCUCAGACGACCAGUGGGUGGAGUACAGAAGUGUGUACUUUCCUGAGUACAGUGCCUUCCUCAGGGAUAAUCUGGGACCUCUUAGAGUCAAUGAAGUACUCAACAGUUUCGACAAUACCGGCAACGUCUGUGUGUGGCCAUCUGAGGAGGUGAUGGCGCAUUACUGCCUGCAGAAACGUCACAUUUUCAAGGGUGCAGUGUGUGAGUUGGGAGGUAUGACCUGUCUUGGUGGGCUCAUGGUUGCCAUUUCUGCUGACGUGAAGGAAGUUCUGCUAUCAGAUGGGAAUGAGAAGUCCAUUCAGAAUGUUCGAGGCCUGCUGGAGAGAAACAGGCUGGCUGGAAAAUUUGGAUCAACGCACGUGUUUUCAAGGGUGGUUCGCUGGGACUGUGAAAUGGAUAUUUCAGCACUAGAGGGUCACUUUGAUGUUGUCAUGUGUGCGGACUGUUUGUUUCUGGACCAGUACAGAGCCAGCCUGGUUGAUGCCGUAAGGAGAUUACUGCGACCCAACGGCACGGCGUUGGUGUUUGCUCCACUGCGAGGUGAAACUCUGACUCGGUUCUGUCAGCUGGCCCAGCAGGUCGGGCUUUACGUCUCUCAACGCCAGCAGUAUGAUGCUCAGGUCUGGGGUGUUCACUUAAAGAUGCUGAAGGAAGGAAAACAAGUGUAUGACGAGAACAUCCACUAUCCUCUCCUCAUCACCCUGACCAAAGAACCUCAACCUGUCCACCAUGCUGAGUGAAACACACCAACAGCUCACACACAAUUCCUUUUUUUGUUUGGGAUCUGAGUUUGACAAAUUCCCCAGUCAGCCUUCCGAAUAGUUAACAAGUAAGGCUUGGUUAUUACCCGUCCUUUAUUAGUUUUACAGGCUGUCCAUAUAGAAAAGUACAUGGAGACUUUUCUAUCUUUACCCCUUUAACCAGUCGCUGUUAACCCACACCACUGUGUUUCUGUCCUCAGCGUGGAGGCCAGCUUUAAUUUAAGCGACUGUCACAGUGUGAAACAACUCAGUUUCUCCUCUUUCCAUCUCUAAUUUAUUUUAAUAUAGCUCAUUCAUCCCAGUCAGAGGUCAGCACAAGAACGUCAUUUGUGUGUUUCUUGCAGCGGUGCAUUAACACAUUAAGGCGCAUUCAGAUUAAAAGAGCAACCGUUGCUUCCAGGAGCUGCAGAUUGCAUAUUACACUUAGUUAUUGUCACGGGCACAAAUAGACCUGACUAAGUGACACCUUGAUUAAUUUUACUCAACUCUGUUGGUGUUAUAAUGUGGUGGAACGCAACAGCAUGCUGGCUUUAAUUCUUUAAUUAUGUGACCUUUAACUCCUCUCUUCAGUUGUGGUUUAAGUUUUGAAAUGGAGUUGAUGGAUUUUAUUCAUUAAUGUGUUUAACUCCACUUCUUUGUGUCAAAUGUCAUGGUUUGAAUAUCUGAACAUGAAGAAGCUGUUUUUGCAUUAAUUGACCCAAUACUGUGGAAUUGAUGUAUUAGGUGUGUUUCCAUCGCCGGAACUUCAGGGGAAAUUCACCGGGAGAUACGAUGUCCCGGUCCUCUCAGCUGUUGUCUCCAUUCAAAUUCAGCUCUUUCAGAACUUUGCACAGACAUAAGCAAAUCGCGACUGCUUCGGCAGGGACUGAUGUCACUGAUCAACGCCACAGUAACGUUAAUAACGGUAAAAGUUUGAUUCUGUCAAAGCGUAUCGUAAUUUAAUCCAUUCAGAGGACGAGAGCAGCUGUGUGAUGUAAAAUGUGGCGUUCAAUGACUAGAAGAAGCUCGUUUUUUUUUACACCGCUCUAUGAGACAAUGAAGCCCCGUUAAUGAAGUCGCUGUGGGGGAAUUUCCCCGUGUUUUCCAGUGUCAGGAGCUUAAUUUGAAGCGUGAUCGGGGCUUUUUUUCUUUUGCUUCUAUUCUGCUUCACCAGCAACUUUUCUAAUUUUACUACUACCAGUUGUUUUGGACGACGUCUGCUGAUGUCAUUUCCAACUGAGUUACAACCAGUCACCAUGAGUUAACCAAAAGUUAUGCUCAGCUACCGCACCAGGCCGUUCCGAGUACCUGAUCAGGAAUUCAGAAAAUUCCUGAAAAUGGCCGUUCGGCUGGCCUGGUCAAGUGGAGACACGUGCGUGUCAGGAAGUUCCUAUAAAUUUACCCCACAUUUCCGAUAAUGGAAACGCACCUAUUGGGAGUUUAUUUGUAAAGUAGAUUGAUUUAAGUGCUGAUAUCUGACGGGAGGUCUUAGUUUAACUAUACAGAUUUUAUGGACGAACAUCAAAACAACAUUUCUGGUCUUUUUCAGGUUACAUUUCUGUAUUUAAGGAAUCAGAACUAUCAAUACACUCCAAAACACCAAUCAGGUGUACAGAGGCAAAGGUUAGAUUAAUAUAAUCCAGCGUUAGUUUAUGAGCUGCAUAUUUCUUCAUGACAUGCAUGUGCAGCACAAGAACAAAUGGCAUGAGCAUGAUGCCAUAUAACAUCCAGCCUACAAAUUGAAUACAAACUUUUAUAAUCUAUAACUUUUUAAACAUUAGCUUCAACUUUUCCAAUCAAUCGCACCACUUUUUCUAUCAACCAACUCUUCUCAGGUCUUCUCUCCUACUUUUUCCUGUUUGUAGUGAUAUUAGAAGUACAGCAACUGUUUGCAUUUCUCCAUUUUACACUGUGAUCCACUGGCGUACACAGCAGCCAAAAAGCUAUGCAGUACCUCCCAGUGGUUGCUGUUUACAUUUCUCAUAAUGAUAAUCAGCUUGCAGAAAUAAAAGAGGAAGAACUUGAAAAAAAAAGCCAAUUAUAUCUGUUGUCCCAGUGCUUUGAGGAUUAAAAUGACAUUGCAAAAGUUUAAAAGCCUAUUUAAUUACAUUUUGAAGCAUAUUUGUAAUGUGAUUUGCUGAAUUGGGUAUAUGUGGGCUAAUAUAAACACCCUCCCCACUGUGACUGUGUACAGAAACUGCAUUAAUGAACCUGAGAUCACUGUUUACUCUAAUGUUCUCAUUAAGUUGCUGCUUGUUGCAAAAUCACUGCCUCUUUUAGUGAUUUAAUCUGCUGUGAUGACACAUUUUUAGCUGGCGAUGCCCUUACACUUUGUCAUUAUGUUCUCACUGUGAAAACAGACGGUCAAGAAAUCACUGAUGGCCAGCAUCAUUCAGAUUAUAAUGUGUGGUUUUUAUCUGGAUUUGCUGAUGUGAGUAUUAGUGAGUUAAUGUAGACAUUUUGUGGUUGGUGUCAUUAAACUGUCCAAAAUGGGAGGAAAGUGGUGUUUGAUGAAUCGUUUCUUUGACGCAACAAUGUCAGAAACCAUGUUUAUCGCAUCGUAAGUGGUGCAGCAUUUGCUCAUUUCAACUAAACUCGACCAACCUUGUUAUGAUAGGAACUGAUAAGCCUUUGAGCUUUUAAGAUUGUUUAUUGAUAAAUGAUAAAUGGCCCACACUUUUAUAGCACCUUUCAGAGUCAGAGGACUCCAAAGCGCCUUACACAACAGUGUAUCAUUCAUCCAUUCAUACACACAUUCACACACUGAUGGUGAUAAGCUACGAUGUUACCAUAGCUACACUGGUGCGCACUAAUCAGGCGUAUUUCCUUGCUGUAGCUAAAAUGCAACUGUGUGUUGGCUUUGGCCAGAUUUUAAGAUCAUCUCCCACCCCUCUGGUGCAGUAGGCAGGCGGAGUGUUAAGGUGUCCCGUUUGAGCUUGAGUUUCCAUCUCUAAAAGCAUAGAAAGAGGAUUUGAGGGAUCACAUCGUCUCAAUGUAAACAAACGCGGACUGGAAAUUGCUACCAUCUUUCGCGCAAAGCCUCAUGGGCUGUAAGAAUAACGUGGAUAAGAGAAGUUGCACUUUCAUUUCCACUUGGUGUUAUUACAGUAAAUUCCUGCCUGUUGUUGCAGGAAGAGGGCGACUCAGCCUCUCCAUCACGCUGUCCAGUAGUGCCAAGUGAGGGACAGAAGUGAGAGACGACUGCGGCUAUAAGUAAUAUUGACUGCAGCAGCGCUACAAAAAAGGGAAAACGACUAAAAUGUGCCACUCUGUCAACUCAGGCAUCAGGCUCCUGUCACCCUGUCACCCCCCCCCCCCCACCCCCCACCCCUUGCACAAGCUGCCACAGGCUAGCUGCUACAGCCGUAACACCUUUAAAGCUCUGAUUGGCUACUUUUUUCAAGACAUUUGCUGUGGUCUCUUGUACAAACGAAUGCCUUGUGAGUUUUCUGUGAAAAAAAAGCUCUGGCAGUUCAAUUUUAGGAAGUUGAAGAUAGCCGGAGGUGCGGGGUACAAAAAUGGCCGGAUUUAGAGUCUUACUCAUUAAUGAUCAUCUUGCCUCUGAUUGGCUUACAGCAACACAACUCUUCCGCUGCCUCUGUUUGCUCUGCAAUGUUGAUGUUUUAUCGACACAAACAACACAAGCCUUGUGGAGCUGCUAAUGCUAAUGGUUAGCUUCUACUAGCCGAGAUGUGCUCUCCUCUCUUCUGGCUGCUAAAAUCAACACAGCUAUCCCCGGUCGCGGGCUAUAAUGGGUUAGAAACCCCAGAUGUGUGAAACAAUUGCCACAGCAGAUCCUGGGUCAGUCAGGAGACUGCACAAUAACUGUAGUUUUGAUGAUCCGGCUCCGGACAGAGAAUUCUGCUGUUGUGUCCUUGGGCAAAACACUUAACCCACCUUGCCUGCUGGUGGUGGUCGGAGGGACCAGUGGCGCCUGUGCUCGGCAGCCUCGCCUCUGUCAGUGCCCCCCAGGGAAGCUGUGGCUACAUCGUAGCUCAUCACCAUCAGUGUGUGAAUGGAUGAAUGAUACACUGUAGUGUAAAGCGCUUUGGAAUCCUUACUCUGAGAGGUGCUAUACAAGUGCGGGUCAUUUAUCAUCAUUGUUUUGAUUGGAAUCGUUAGGGUUAGGGUAAACGAUUAAUCAUGAGCCCUACCGCCGACGCCAAACGUUUUACUCUGCAAAUGACUCUCGUUUGGUUUCGCUUAUUGGAUUGGAUGAUAAAUCUAAAGGCAGAAUGCAUUUUUGUAAUUUAACUAUUGUUAAUUUCACUAAAAGGGGCAUAAUUAGCAUGUGGAUGAGUUUGAUCUGCAGUUAGUUUCUGCUAAAUUGCAGCCCUAUGGGGGUGAGCGUUGUGGUCAUGAGCAGUGAGAUCUGGGAUCGCCUCUAGUCGAAGGAUCUCAUCUCGAUAUGUCUCUGUUGAAGACGAGCUUGAUGGAGAAUCAUUGUUGCGGCAAAGAAAUCACAAAUUUCCUGACUUUUUUUGCUCAAACUUUACUUUUACGUCCAAAUUUUGAUUUUCAUCAUUAAAUAUAAUCAGCAAAAUUAUUUUUGCUUGAAUUCAGAUACAAAUCAAAUGUGUUUUUUUUAUAUUCCUCUUCCCAAAAAAUAAAUAAAUAAAAGAGAACAAUUCAAAAAGUUCUACAAGUUAGAUAAGACUGAUUGUGGACAGGGUCACAGGACCUUGGAAUACCUUCAAGAAUUGGAUGAUUUGAAGCUUUGUGAGGGUUUGACACCAAAAUGUAGGUAUUCAAAUUAAACAUUUCAAUUUAUCCAGUGUCAGCCUGGGCACGGGCUUGUGUAAUGAGUUUUUGCUUUGCUGUAAUCAAAGUGAGCUGGAUUUUGUUCAUGUUUCUCUUUUUAUGUGAAUGAAUAAAAUCAUUUUCUUCAAUAAA